UGACUCGGACCUGAGGAGCCGCUCGUCUUCUUCUUUCUGUAUGUGAGCGGUGACAUGGCAGCGCUCCGACAAGCGUUUUAAUGGCUGCCGAAUCGGGGAGACUGCAGGCGGGACAAGGUCAAGGGAAGCGAGGCAAAGGUUCCCAGAUGAAAAGCCCAGAGAAAAAGAAGAGGAAGUCUAGCACUCAGGGGGCAAGUUUCUCCCACCUCUCUGAGUUUGCACCUCCUCCAACCCCUAUGGUAGACCAUCUUGUGGCCUCAAACCCAUUCGAUGAUGACUUUGGCCCACCAUCACGUCCUGCUGGAGCAGGGGUUCCAGGAAGUGCAACUUUUCUGUCAAGCCCAGGGGCCGGUGGGGGAGGUGGAGGUUAUGGAGCGCCAGGUAGAAUGGGAGGGGGUAUGGCCUACAUGGGUGGCCCUGGAGGUCCAGGUGGUGGACAGCCUGGACGAAGACCUCCUUUUGGACCUCCACCACCCAACACAGGACCACAUCACCCAAUUGGAUUUGGAGGAAUGCCUGGAUUUGGUGGUGGUGGAGGAGGAGGUGGAGGAGGAGGUGGUGGAGGAGGUGGUUUUCCUCCAGGGGGACCAUCACAAUUUAACAUGCCACCUAAUUUCAGCCCUCCUAUGCACCCAGGGCAAGGUUUUAACCCUAUACUCUCACCUAGUGGAAUGGGUGGUGGUCCUGGAAGUGGUGGUCCUCCUCACCCACGCUUUGGGAUGCAGCAACCCCAGCAUGGACAGGGUGGUCAUCCUUUCAACAGUCCUCCAAUGCCUGGGGGCCCACGUGGUCCUCCACAUGGCCCAUUAAAUCCAAUGGGUGGAAUGACUACUGGAAUGAAUAUGAUGGGUGGUAUGGGAGGUGGAAUGGGUGGAGGUAACAUGGUGGGUGGCCACACAGGGAUCCCCCCACAGGGACCAUUUCCUCCUUCACAAGACGGUCCUUAUCCUGGGCCGGGCACUCCUGGUAGUGAAGAAGGCAAAAACUUUGUUGGUGGACCAGGCGGUGGUCUACCAGGUCCGCCUCAGCAACCGCCAAAUCUCAACUCCUCUGGUCCUCCAUCCAACAAUGCCACUCCAGGUCCAUCCCCAGCUUCUGGACCACCACAGGCUGGAGGUGGGUUUCCUGGUCACCCUGAUGUUCAACAAUCAACACCCAAUACACCCGGGCAACCCUCAUCAGUGCCUCCUCCACCCAAUCCUAAUUCCUCCCCUACUGGUCCACUAAACGGUCCACAAUCUCAGGGCCCUCCAAAUCAGCACACUCCAGUUAACUCUGCAAGUGGCCCUGCUCCCAACACUCCAUCCAAUCAGCAGCAACCAACACCACCCAACUCCAACCCAGGCUCUGCACCAUACAAUCAGCAGAACAGCGUUCCUGGUGGCGGACCUAUGGCCAGUCAGCCACCCAAUGCCAAUCAAAACAACUUAAACAACACCGCUGGCAGUAACCCUAACCCACCAUCUAACUCAGCCUCCACACCUAACACACAGUCUCCGCUUCCUACUGGCCAAGCGCAACCUUCGGUUGGUCCAGCUACUGGACCUCCAAAGCUGGGAAGUGGAAUGGUGUUCCAUUGUGGCUUCUGCAUGUUAGAGGUACAUGAUGACCAGGAGGCCAUUCUUUGUGAGGCAUCAUGCCAGCGCUGGUUCCACAGAGACUGCACAGGCCUUACUGAGCCUGCAUAUGGCCUGUUAACCAGAGAGAGCGCUGCGGUAUGGGCUUGUGAUUUUUGCCUCAAGACUAAGGAGAUUCAGGCAGUAUAUGUACGCCAGAGCCUGGGACAGUUGGUGGCUGCCAAUGAAGGCUAAGUGAUCAUCAAUGCGAGAGAGGAAAUUACGCAUAAAUGACGUGGAACUGAUUGCUUUAUGCCAUUCAGCCAACAACACAGAGGCAGGCAGGCUAAGGAAAGUUGACCGAGUAGUAAAUGUAGGGAAACCAAUGGAUAGAGCGCAAUUGGAAAAUGUGGACUCUACUUCCUGUAUUGAGUGCUCUUGCAAACCACAGAAGCACUUUUAGGGCUUACAUUUCUUGAAGAUAUGAGAGAGUUUUAGCAAGGUUUUUCAUUAACAGUGAAGACAAGUAAUGAAUACGCCAUUUCAUAUUCCCGGGAUCAUUGGCUCAUGUUUAAGGAAAAGAAAAUAUUUCUGUCAUUGCUUAAAUCGAACACAUUGUUGUAAAGUGCUGAUGAAUUUUCUAACAUGAUUAUAUUUUAAAGUAAUGAACUACUAUCCAGUAAAGUUUCCAGGCAGAGUAAUAUUUCCCUCCAAAAGCAGCUUGUCUACCAGCAAAGCACUGACAACAACUCACUACCUCACAGAUUUAACAGUUGUACACAUGCUUUGGCACAGAUCAACUGCUAUGUAAAUCUAGAGUGAGGUCUCCCUACACCACCUCUUCUAGUCCAUCCUUUCCAUUUCAGUGUGUCCAAAAGGAAAUGAGUAACUUCCUUCACCUUGGAGAGGAAUGGUGUAUACACCUGUAUAUUAUUAAUAUUACUCACAUUUUCUUUCAGAUCUUAAUGGGAAGAGCUGUCCUGUAAACAGAAAGAUACAUGACAUUUUAAUCACUCAGUUGCCAAGAUUUGGUCUUAAUAUACAUUCAUUCACUACUUUUAUUUAAAACUGAACGGUCAAUGUGAACGGUUGGCUAUAUAGGGAGUAGUGCUACGUAACCAUAUCCGAUGUGUAUAGUCUUUGGAUUGCAUGUGAACCAAAUGCAGUAAUUUGUCUUCUGUUUGUAAUGUAUUGUUUUUUAGGCCUCAGUGAAUGUGUGAAGUAGACCAAAUAACAGAAUGAAUGAAAUCAAAUACCGGCUCAUGUUUCUGUUGCUGAUAAAGAUGUUAUUUUAUUUUUCUUUUCACAUUUCUGUCCAGGUUGCCUUUUUCUUAGCAAAUAUCCUUUUUUUUUUUUUUUUUUUUUUUUUAACUGAUGUCUGGUGUGCUUACUUUUGUGCCCUCUGUUGUCCAGGACUGCGCAGAACUGUUUGAGGUGGGCAGAAGUAAGGUAAUGUUGUAAAAGAAGUAAAAGAAAAUGUAUUUGUAUUUUUACUUGCCAUUUUUGUAGACUAUUGUUGCAUUAAAUUUGGGUAUGACUACCCAGUAAACCACCAUAAA